GCUGGGGCGCCCGCGGCUGUCCACUGCGUCGUCACCCUCAUCACCCUGCUUUCCUCGCCCGAGUCAGUGCCGUGUGCAACGCCGUGCCUCGAGUCAAUCGGUACGCUAACUUAAGUCGCUUUAACCGAAAUGGAAAAGUAUGAGAAACUGGCGAAGAUCGGAGAAGGGUCUUACGGGGUUGUAUUCAAGUGCAGAAACAAGUCUUCUGGACAAGUGGUGGCUAUCAAAAAGUUUGUGGAGUCCGAAGAGGAUCCGGUUGUUAAGAAAAUUGCCCUGAGAGAAAUACGCAUGCUGAAGCAGUUGAAGCACCCAAACCUUGUGAACCUCAUCGAGGUGUUCAGAAGAAAGAGAAAGAUGCAUUUAGUUUUUGAGUACUGUGAUCACACGCUGUUAAAUGAGCUGGAGAGAAACCCGAACGGUGUUCCUGAUGGGGUCAUCAAAAGUGUGCUAUGGCAAACCCUUCAAGCCCUCAACUUCUGCCACAAACACAACUGUAUUCAUCGGGAUGUAAAACCUGAAAACAUCCUAAUAACCAAGCAAGGAAUGAUCAAGAUCUGUGACUUUGGAUUCGCAAGGAUUCUAAUUCCAGGAGAUGCCUACACAGACUACGUUGCCACCAGGUGGUACCGAGCCCCUGAGCUUCUCGUGGGAGACACGAAGUACGGUUCCUCUGUGGACGUAUGGGCUAUCGGCUGUGUUUUUGCGGAGCUCCUGACGGGUCAGCCACUCUGGCCAGGAAAGUCAGAUGUGGACCAGCUUUACUUGAUCAUCAGGACACUGGGAAAACUCAUCCCAAGACAUCAGUCCAUCUUUAAGAGUAACCAGUUUUUCCGUGGCAUCAGCAUACCGGAACCAGAAGACAUGGAGACUCUUGAAGAAAAAUUCUCAAAUGUUCAGCCUGCGGCUUUAAGUUUCAUGAAGGGAUGUCUGAAGAUGAACCCAGAUGACAGACUGACCUGUGCCCAACUACUGGACAGCGCCUACUUCGAUUCUCUGCGAGACGAUCAAAUGAAGAGAAAAGCCCGCAGUGAGGGAAGAAGCAGAAGGCGUCAGCAGGACACUCUCUUCAAAUGUCCUAAUGCCAAAAUGGCGCACAUACGGAGGAGGUUUGCAACUCAUCAGAGCUGUAUUUCCUCAGACACUGCGAAUCUGUGGGCUCACGCUUCCAUUAGGGAAGGAUCUCAUGUGCCGUCUCCCUUCAGCUGACUACGUAACAUCCUGAAGCAGGAGCAGAUCUGCCGGCUGCUGUUGACAGAGGGGGCACCACUCAGCUUCCACACUGCAGUCUCUUCUCAGUGUAGCCUGGACUUUCUUUCCUCGGCAUUUACAUGGUGGCAGCAUGGUGACCGGAAGAGACGGUCUAGGGUAACCUCUUCACUCCAGGGCAGACUCUUCUCCGUCUUAUGAGGCACUGCGGAUUCUGCUUUUACAGCGAGCUUGAGAAAAUUCUGUAGUUGAUGAAUAGCGGAGAGACUACAAGGAAUCACCCACCGCAUGACAAUAUGCCCCUGAAUCAAUGACUGCCCACUCCAAGGCUGUCCCUGGUGUGCCAUGCUUUCUCAUUUCUUCUUUAUUAGCCCAUUUGUGUGUGUGGAGUCGGUGGAGCAGGGGAGACCUCAUAUGUGACAAGUCGGAGGCCAACCUGGUCAUUAUAGCAAGACCUUGUCUUAACACCCACUCUCUAAAAGUUGAUUGAACCCAAAUCCCUGUUGCUGGACAUAGAAAAUAUGUAUAGUUCAUUGUUGUCAUUUGUCAAAAUAACUAAAGAUCUUGCUAGUAGCAGAAGUGUUCUUUGCCUCGGUGGAUAUCUUAGUAUUUCAUUUCUGACCUAAUUACAGUUAGAUAAAAAAAAAUCAAAAAAUGAUUGUGUAUUCUACAUUUUUAAAGUAGACCUGUUUUAGUUACGUUAGUUAAACCCUCAUGAGAGGCUGGGGAUGUGACUGAAGAGAUGCACUUCUUGCCUGAUAUGCAGAAGUCCUGGGUUUCCUUCCCAGCAUAGGCAAAAACAGCUGUAAUCACACCUCCCUGGAAUCCAAGUUCGAAGUCACCUUGGCUCCUCAUGGAGUUCAAGGCCAUGCCCGGCUAACAUUCUCCAGGCCUGAUGGUGCACACGUGUAAGGGGUAGAAAGGGAGAUUUCAAGUUCAAGGCCAGCCUGAGGGUGCACUGUGAGGCUAUCUCCAACCAAACAGAAGCAAACGAAUUAGCUGUUAAGGGCAGCCUCUGGCCAAGUCUCUAAACUGUCACUCUGAAGAAUGCGCCGUGUUUCCAGACGGCUUCAGAAUGUGUGUGGAUAGAACCAGGCUUUUUCAGAUCACUUGACACUGUAACCAAAUUACUUAGCAUUUAAUAAUUACAUAAUAGAUUAGAGUUAACUACAAAGUAGCAUUGGCUGAAUUAGGUUAAAUGUAUAAUAUUAUGGUAUUUAAACUUUCUACUUCAGAUAUUUAGAAAAGCUGCAUGAAGAUUAAACACUUCAGUGACUGUGUAUUUGUGUAUUUAACUUGACUGUUCUUUAAUUUAUUUUAAUAAA